UAUUCGGAAAGUUUGAUCCUGUUAGCGCAUUCGAACAUAUUUAUACAGAUAUUUGUGCUUACUGAAUGUCAAUUAUUAUCAAUUAUUAUCCUUUUUGAUUUUCCAAAGGGAUUUGAACCGCGCGGAACAAAGAUCAACACAAGAUAUCGAACGAGUCUUCUUCUUGGAAAAGCCGCAAAUCUUGGUUUAGUCGCCACUAGCCCUUUCUCUGAGCUAAACAGCACAUGCAACAUAUCCAUGGAUUUACCAAAUGUGAACGCUAUUUUUCUAACACCAAAAACAAAAAUGAAUAGAACACGAAGGCAUGCUAAAAAGAACUUUCAUCUAGUAAUGUGCGACAGUCCAAACGUCUUCAUGAAAAGUAAAAUCAGCUACAAAAUGGUUUUCGCUUCAACGAUUUCUGGACAUGACAUUUUCAACGCACGUAGCCUGAAGGCGGUUUGUCGUAUGGAGGAAAAACUUAUGCGCAAAGCACCCGGAUUUAAUUUAAAUUGCUUCAAAAAGAACACCAGAUAUGAUACUGGGAGGGUAGUGGAGUGUUGUCCAAGUUGGUCUGUUGGUAACUACGUUGCCGCUCUCUCGAAGAAAUCUUCGUGCAAAGAUAUUUCUUCAGCUGACGUGUUGAAUGUUUUCUCACUACUAAGACAGUGUGCGCCCUUUUUCAACAAUGCUUCACUGAAAGAAAAUUGUUGGGACUUUAAAUACAAAACAGUUUAUCCGGUUUGCAGGUCUCUCCCUCUAAGAUGCGUCAGAUAUAAUGCCGUCCAUAAUAUUAUGUACUACCUAACGGAUAAACACUUUCUGGGUCCAAAUGGCGAAAAACUGACAUACACUUCAGUUUUGAUCCCAGCAAUUAGAGACAAGCCGUACAGGAAUCAUAUCUACGAGACUUACCUUAAAAAGGGCGACGUUUCGGAUGGCAGCGUUAAAUUAGUGGGCACUGACUUCUACUCCCUAAAAUUUGACAUGUUCAACACAAUGUUAUUGGCGGACAUUAUUUAUCCUUCAAUUGCUCUGAUGAUAAUUUUGCUUAUUAUGUGGUUUUACACGGAAUCAGUUCUGAUAACAUUUCUUUUGAUGUUCUCUGUCAUCAGUGCUUUAAUAAUCGCUUAUUUCUUAUACAUGGUCGUGUUUGGCUUGAAAUUCUUUCCGUUUUUAAACAUCACGACCGUUAUAUUUCUUGUGGGAAUUGGGGCCGAUGACGCAUUUGUGUUCAGCGACGUAUGGCGCCAAUCGAAACUUAACAAUCCUGGUGCAACACUCGCGCGCAUUACCGCUGAAACGUUGAAGCAUGCAUCGCUGUCGAUGUUUGUCACUAGUUUCACGACUGCGGCCGCCUUCAUAGCAAACUUCAGUUCACAGAUAACCACCAUAAAAUGUUUUGGUAUCUACGCAGGCAUAGCCAUUUUAUGCAAGUUUAGUAUGAUGGUCACGUGGUUUCCUGCUGUGUCCGUCAUCAACGAGAAAUUGUGUGUUCCUUGGUCCUGCAAUAAAGGGUCCGCGUGGCAAACCAUGAGAAAUUUCUACGAGCGAUACGUGGGUUACUUUGUUAGGUAUUUCUUUGAACAGUUUCUCCCUCACAUAGUUAUCAAAUUUCGGUUUUUUUGGAUUGCCCUCUUUUCUGUUUUGACUUUAGGUGGUUUAGAAAUUCUUCUCUUUAAGCCGGGUUUCCGGCUACCUACGUCAUCUGACUUCCAAAUGUUUGAAGCGUCGCAUCCCCUAGAGGUUUAUGAGCUCAACCUGAAAGAAAAUUUCCGCUUUGAGACUAGCCCUUCUCAUGGAAGUGCCAGCUUCCUAAUUGCGGUAUUUUGGGGCUUGAAAGCAAUUGAUAAUGGAAACCAACUAAAUCCAUAUGAUUACGGCACCCUUGAAUGGGACAAAUCUUUUAAUGUUACAAAGAGCGAGUCCCAAAAAUGGCUUCUGGGAUUCUGUAGAAGAUUACGCAGGCAGGGCUUUUAUGCAAAAAAAGAAGGAGAAGCAAGCUAUUGUUUCCUUGAAAAGUACUACAACCAAAGCUGUCAUGAUCCUCUGACACCAAACAUUUCCUAUUACCCUUGCUGCAGAGAUAUGCCGUUUCCAUUUAACAAGACCGUGUUGGACUUGUGCGCCGUCAAGGCUAGUGUCCGCGCACAUCUAUUAAAAUUCAAGCGGCAUGACUCGACCAUAGGAAGCUUCAUUUAUGACAAGCAGGGCAAUAUCAAGGGAGUGCAUAUGAGCAUUUAUAGUAACGUGCCUCUCUCUCGUGCUUACCAGCCUGCGCACCAAUUCUAUGAGCGCAUUGAGUCUUGGUUAAAGAGAGAAACAAGUACCGCUCCUGAUGGUAUGAAAAGAGCAUGGUGGACAAGUAACUUAGAAUUUUACGAUCUGCAGAAAAGUCUAUCCUCUGGAACGCUCGUUUCCAUGGCAAUUGCCAUCGCUAUGGCGUUUGCUGUAAUGUUGUUAACUACGUUAAACGUCCUUGUCAGCGUGUACGCCAUCCUGACAAUUAUCGGUAUUAUUUCUGUAACGACCGGCGCGCUUGUUCUGAGUGGUUGGAAGCUUAAUAUCUUGGAGUCCAUAACCAUGUCCGUCGCAGUGGGCGUCUCAAUUGACUUCGCAAUGCAUUUUGGGGUAGCCUAUUGUUUGGCUCCUAAUAAGGAGUGCAGGAAGGCACGUGUACGGUUCUCUCUGUCCCGGAUGGGAUCCGCUAUUACCAUGGCAGCAGUCACAACUUUCAUCGCAGGUAAAUAUUACUUACGGUUUUCGACUAAUCUUUUAACGCGUAGCUUAUUGUCAAGAUUACAAGGAUAGCUGAAGACGUUUUUUCAGCACUAGGCUUUGUUUAUAACGCGAUAAAAGAUCGAAACCUUUAUCCGAUACAUCUUCCUUGCGACCGUGAUUGCUGUUAGCGAUUUCAAAUUGCGCGUCUGUUACUCAACGUCUGAGGUAUGAUUAUAUGAUUAUAGCUCUGCUGUGAUUCGAUAAAUAAACUAGAAAUACGUUAAACCGGAAAGGCUUGCAGAAGACACCACAGGUUCAAGGUAGAAGGCCGGCUACUUUUUUUUGAGACUUUCAGUCAACUCGAUCUCCCCUGUCUUCACUUAACAAGGAGACAUUACUUAAGCAUUAAUGUUCUCUUCUCAGGUGCAAUGAUGAUGCCUUCAAGAGUGCUGUCCUAUUUGCAAAUGGGCCAUUUUCUGAUGUUAGUUAUGACCCUCGGGUGGGCCUUUUCGACUUUCUUCUUCCAGGCUCUUUGCUGUACUAUUGGACCACAAGGUGACUGGGGACAGUUCAGCUGGAGGAGAAUUUUAUCGUGCUGCUGUAAGAGGGUGUCAGAUAAAGCUCAACCAAGAGAAAAGAUGGAAUUGUUACAAUACAACUGUGAAACCUGUGAAAACGAGCUGGAAUCUAAUGACCUCGUCGUAAAAAGUGUGGGAUACAAAAGUGUCAAAACCACUGCUGUUUGA